AUGGAUGUGUUUCUUCAUGAUCUCAAUCAAGCUUACAGUACAGAUCAAAUCACUACAGAUUAUAAUUCUCUUCUGCGUUAUCUUGAUUAUGCUAUGAUUGAACAACAAAUGCCAAUGACUGCUGCAAGUAUGUUUUGGCGAGACACGCUUCAUGACUGUAAUCUGGAUCAAGCUCUACCGUUGCCAUUUGAUCGAUAUCGUCUUUCUGAUGAACAUCGAACUGGUCGUGGAGUAUCUUUCUCUUUCGAUUUUGGUGAAGACAUUUCUCAUGAUUUUCUUUCUUAUUCAUUAUCGAAUGAUAUAACAGUUGAACAACUGGCACUUGCUAGUUAUUAUAUCUUUUUGUUCAAAUUGACUAAUGGAGAAAGUGAUUUAUGUAUUGGAAUGAACACACAUGGAAGAUAUAAAGAAGAGUUGAUGUCAGUGAUUGGAAUGUUCGUCAAUAAUAUUCCUUUACGAUGUCAACUAGAUCCUCAUUGGUCUUUUCAUCAGCUAGCUGAGCAUGUUAAAGAGAUAAUUACAGGCAGCUUAAUGUAUUCAUAUUUUCCUCUUCAACGAAUCCUCACUCAACAUCCAAAUGCUACAAAACCUGCAUUUCUUGAUACAUCAUUUGAAUUUCAAUCACAUACGUGUAAAACUGGUAGGAACGAAGUAAUGAUUGGAAAUGCCCGACUUGUUGCUGCGCCCAUCUCACUUAAAAUUCAUGCAGGUGAAAUAAUGAGCAAGUUCGAUUUCGUUCUUACUAUUCAACAUGAUUUGGAUACUGAUCAAUUUUCAUGCACAAUCAAUGCAUCACUUGACUUAUUUGAUAGAAAAACAGCUAAUAUGAUUGCACAACGAUUUCAUUCAAUGUUACAACAACUGUUUAACGUAACACAUGUACAGAUGAAGAAGCCAAUUUAUGAGUUCUCAUUAAUAUUACCAGAUGAAAAAGUGCUUAUGAAAUCAAUGAAUAAUACUCAAUUAUUAUUUCCUUCUGCGAGUUGUAUUCAUGAUGAAUUUGUUCGUCAAGUGAUGAAACAACCGCAAAAAAUAGCUGUCGAGCUGGAUGAUCAGUCUCUCACAUAUUCUGAACUUUUAUAUUAUGUUCAAGUAUUAUCUUUGAAUCUUUUGAAUGAACAAUGUGUGAUUGUAGGUGAUAUUGUUUGUCAAUUUGUAGAGAGAAGUAUAUCAAUGGUGAUUGGUAUGAUGGCGAUUGAGAUGAUUGGUGGUGUUUACUGUCCAUUAUCACCUCGAGAUCCAAAACAUCGUUUGCAUGCACUGUUACAACAAAUUCAAAGCGGACUUGUUCUUGUUCAUUAUCUAACAAAAAAUAAAUUCAAAGAUAAUUUUAUUUCACUUGACAUAGAUUCAGUUUUGAUUGACAAUGAACUGGAAACUGAUGUUGAUGUUAAUCGACUAUCGAGUGUCAAUGUAACAGUCCAGAAUGUAGCCUACGCUAUAUUCACAAGUGGUUCAACUGGAACACCGAAAGUGGUUAGUCAUUGCUCACAUUAUUGCUUCAAAUGAUAUGAGUAUUGUAUUUGUUGCAGGCUCGUAUUCGACAUCGAACCUUUAGUGAAUGCAUGCGUUCUUCGACUUAUAUAGGUAGAUUCAAUGAGAAGGAUACAAUUGUACAGAUGGCACGUUGUUCAUUCGAUGCUCAUGUGUUACAUAUACUUGGUGUAUUGAUGAUUGGCGCGACAACAGUGAUGCUUCAUCCACAAGGACUACUUGAUUUUGAAUAUCUCUCCACAGUGCUUAGAAAGAAACAAAUUACAUAUAUAAGCACUGUACCGAGUAUUUUUCGUAACUUUUUUGCUUUUUUCCAAGGGUAUAACGUUCGGGAAGCUGUGAAAUACCUCAGAUCAGUAUGUUGCGUUGGUGUGUAUAUUUUAAAUCAAUUUUUUAUUA